AAGAUGUCCCCUACCACACCCAGCAAUGUCUUGGAUUCCUGCCAGCAUCUAGGACCAGUUCUGCAUACCCCUGGAUCUCUGGAUGGCCCCUACAAGGUGACAGUGCCAACCACAAUGCUAUCCAGUCGCUGGUGGCCAAGGACCUGGGGGAGUCCGAGGCUAAGGCCCCAAAGCCUUUCUCGGGGAUCCCAGCUCUGUGCCCUCUACGCCUUUUCUUAUACCGCGGCAGAUGGCCGGCAGGUGUCUCUGGCUGAAGGUGACAGGUUCCUACUGCUUCGAAAGACCAAUUCGGACUGGUGGUUGGUAAGGCGCCUGGGAGCACCCUCUACCUCUCGACCCAUCUUUGUUCCAGCUGCCUACAUGACAGAGGAAUCCAUCCCUUUUCAGAGCCCAACUAUUAUUACACCCAGCCAACCACUCUGGACUCCUGAACCAAAGCUGUUUCACAGCUCGCUGGAGGCACUGCACCUGUCUCAGACACACCAGGCUACAUCUGAGCAGCCUCCCCUUCAUCCUAAAAUGUGUAGAAGUACCAGUGUUGCCAGUUUGCGGCCCAGCCCCCUGCAGCCCCUCCAGGAUGGACCAAGUAGAAAAUCCCUCUCUGAGGAAGACACAUUGACAGAAACCAAUAUGAGGCUGGACGCCUGGGAACAGCACCUAGACCCCAACUCUGGACGCCGCUUCUACAUAAACUCACUGACCGGCUGCAAAUCCUGGAAGCCUCCACGCCGCAGUCGCAUCCAAGACACGAACCCUGGCUCCAUGGAGGGGACACAGACCCUGAACAGGGACAAUGGUGUCCUGCAACCUCAGGCCAAAGGCUUGGGAGCUGACACACGGCCCCUGGAACUGCUUGAUUCACAGAGUUCACCCUGCCAAGGCCAACGCACCUCCCAGCUUGUCCCCUCAGACCAGCCUCCAGCCUCACAGCGCCCCCGAGAUCUGCCGCAGGUCCUGGAAGACCCCCACGAAGUGGAAAAGUCGGGUCUGCUCAACGUGACCAAAAUUGCCCAAGGGGGGCGCAAGCUUAGGAAGAACUGGGCCCAGUUGUGGGUGGUGUUGGCGGGUAACAGCUUGGUGUUCUACCGGGAGCCGCCGCCACCGAUGGCCCCCUCUUCUGGCUGGGCGCCAGCGGGUAGCCGGCCCGAAAGUAGCGUGGAUCUGCGCGGGGCGGCCCUGUCGCACGGCCGCCACCUGUCCAGUCGGCGCCACGUCCUGCACAUCCGCACAGUCCCUGGCCACGAGUUCCUGCUGCAGUCGGACCAGGAGGGAGAGCUGCGAGCCUGGCGCCGCGCGCUGCGGGCGGUCAUCGAGCGGCUGGAGCGGGAGAACCCCCUGGAGCUGCGUCUGUCUGGAUCGGGGCCGGCGGAACUGGCGCAGUUGAGCGCUGGGGAGGAUGAGGAAGAGGAGUCCGGGCCGGUGUCAAAGCCGCUGCUGCGGUUCAGCGGUCAUCGGAGCUCCAGUCGGUGUCCCGAAGGCACUGAGCAGAAUCGCGUGCGGAACAAACUAAAGCGAUUUAUUGCCAAGAGACCUCCUUUGCAGAGCCUUCAGGAGCGGGGCCUGCUGCGAGAUCAGGUAUUCGGCUGCCAAUUGGAAUCACUGUGCCAGCGGGAAGGGGACACCAUACCCAGCUUUGUGAGGCUCUGCGUUGCUGCUGUGGAUAAAAGAGGUCUAGAUGUUGAUGGAAUUUACCGGGUGAGCGGAAACUUGGCAGUAGUUCAGAAACUUCGCUUUCUGGUGGACAGAGAGCGGGCAGUUACCUCUGAUGGGAGAUAUAUGUUCCCAGAACAACCAGGACAAGAAGGUCAACUAGAUUUGGACAGUGCUGAAUGGGAUGACAUUCAUGUAGUCACUGGAGCCCUGAAGCUUUUUCUCCGUGAGCUGCCCCAGCCUCUGGUGCCCCCACAGCUGCUGCCUCAUUUCCGUGCUGCCCUUGCACUCUCCAGAUCAGAGGAGCGCCUGUCUCAAAUACAAGAAUUAAUUGAGUCCAUGCCGAAGCCCAAUCAGGACACUCUGCGGCACCUCCUGGAGCAUCUAUGCCGGGUGAUAGCACACUCAGAUAAGAACCGCAUGACCCCCCACAACCUGGGGAUUGUGUUUGGACCAACCCUGUUUCGGCCAGAGCAGGAAACAUCUGAUCCGGCUGCUCAUGCACUCUACCCGGGGCAGCUGGUCCAGCUGAUGCUCACUGACUUCACCAGCCUCUUCCCCUGACUCAGGAAAAGAAGAGGAAACAUUUUCUAAGGAUCUGUUGGGUGACUUUGGGUGGGGAGCAGGAGGUUUUUUUUUUUUUUUUUUCCCUUUGGACUUUUUGAGACAGGGUCUCACUAUGCAGUUCAG